GAUGUAGUAGUGCUGUACAGUGCGUGCUAACACAGAGUAACGUUCGUUAUUGCCGGUAUUAAUAUUAUUUAUCGGAACAUAGCCGGUGUAGCUAUUAUAUCCAAAAAUGAGUAAAGCACAUCCUCCAGAGCUUAAAAAAUAUAUGGAUAAAAGAUUGUCACUAAAAUUAAAUGGAGGUCGACAUGUUACUGGCAUACUGAGAGGUUUUGAUCCAUUCAUGAAUAUGGUUAUCGAUGAAAGUAUAGAAGAAUGCAAGGAUGGUACCAAAAACAACAUUGGGAUGGUGGUGAUUCGUGGAAACAGUGUCAUAAUGCUAGAAGCUUUAGACAGAAUAUGAGUUGUACUAUCAGUAUUUAACCUAAUUUUACUUGCUAAUAUGUAAUCUAUUCUUAAUAUUUUCAAAUAAAUCAAAACUUUUUUUAAGAUA